AUGUCUCAAUACAAAGCUAUUAUUCUCGUGGGUGGGCCUUCCAGAGCCACCCGUUUCAGACCCUUGUCCCUCGAUGUACCUAAACCCCUCUUCCCUGUGGCUGGCGCGCCCAUCAUCUCCCACCAUUUAGCCGCUCUGUCAAAAGUCAACGGCCUCAAGGAAGUCCUCAUUAUUGGCUUUUUCGAAGACCAUGUUUUCUCUCGUUUCAUUGACGAAGCUUCGAACGAAUUCCCUCAUCUUCACAUUCGUUACCUUCGUGAAUAUCAGUCGCUUGGCACAGCAGGUGGUCUGUACCAUUUCCGUGAUGAGAUUUUGCGUGGCAAUCCUCAACAGAUCUUUGUGAUGCACGUGGAUAUUGCUUGCAAUUUCCCCUUGAAUGAAAUGAUGGAGGCUCACAUGAAGCAUCGUGGUCUGUGCACCAUGUUGAGUACCAAGGUACCGCGCGAACAAGCUACCAAAUAUGGUUGUCUGGUUGCCAAGCCCGAUACACAUGAAGUGCUGCAUUAUGUGGAAAAGCCAGAGACAUUCAUUUCCGAUCUUAUCUCGUGCGGUGUCUAUUUGUUCGACAUUGCCAUCUUUGGUGAGAUGAAGAAGGCUAUUGAUCGAAAAAAGGACAGUCAGCAUGAAGAAAGCGAUUAUUUGUGGACUGUGUCCGAUGAUCGUCUGCGUUUGGAACAAGAUCUUUUGCGACCCUUGUCGGAAGGUCGAAAAUUGUAUGUCUAUGUCACUGAAAAAUUCUGGCGUCAGAUCAAGACAGCUGGUUCGGCCAUCCCCGCCAAUGCGGCUUAUUUGGAAAAGCAAGCACAGGAGCACAGCGAUCGUCUUGCUCAACAAAAGGACGACGGUCCCGAGAUCAUUGGUGCAGUGUAUAUUCAUCCUUCGGCCCAUGUCGAUCCUACGGCCAAGAUCGGACCCAAUGUGUCCAUUGGUCCUCGUGUAACCAUUGGCAAAGGCGUGCGCAUCAAGAAUUCCAUCAUUCUUGACAACGUCCACAUUGGCAAUGCUAGCUGUAUUCUUCAUUCGGUCAUUGGAUGGAAUAGCAAGAUCGGCGCCUGGGCACGCGUCGAGGGCAGCCCUGUUGCCGAUCACAAUGUUGCCAUGAUGAUGAACGGAGUUAAAAGCCAGAGCAUCACCAUUUUAGGCAAAGAAGUAUCUGUGAUGGACGAAUCCAUUAUCCGCAACUGCAUUGUUCUUCCUCACAAAGAACUCAAGUCAUCGUUCCACAGUGAAAUUCUCAUGUAG